AUGAUUGAUUUAACAAAAGCAAAACUGGGUGGAGGAAAGGAACACGUUCCCAGUCACGAGGUCAGCCCAGGUCGUUUUCUUUACUACUAUUUCCCCCACCGCGCUUGGAGUGCACUCCACACGCUGCUCGGGAAGAGGUUCACACGGCCGCGCUGGUCUCAGUCGCCGUCCCGGUCUCCCCGUCCCGGUCCGCGCGUCGCGGUUCUCACAGGACCACCGGGCCGCGGUUGUUUUCACGGCGUGGCCAUGGCCGCCGUCGUCUGCGUCACCGGCGCCGGCGGCUUCAUCGGCUCCUGGAUCGUCAAGAUGCUCCUCGCCCGCGGCUACGCCGUCCGCGGCACCUCCCGCCGCGCCGAUGACCCCAAGAACGCGCACCUGUGGGCGCUCGACGGCGCCGCGGAGCGGCUCACGAUGGUGCAGGUCGACCUGCUCGACCGGGCCAGCCUCCGCGCCGCCUUCGACGGCUGCGACGGCGUCAUCCACACUGCGUCGCCGAUGCACGACACCCCCGAGGAGAUCAUCGAGCCGGUGAUCACCGGGACGCUCAACGUGGUGGAGAUGGCCGCGGACGCCGGCGUCCGGCGCGUGGUGCUGUCCUCCAGCAUCGGCACCAUGUACAUGAACCCCCAUCGCGACCCGGACGCGCCGCUCGACGAGUCGUGCUGGAGCGACCUCGACUACUGCAAACAGACCAAGAACUGGUACUGCUACGCCAAGACGAUCGCGGAGCGGGGCGCGUGGGAGGCGGCGCGGGCGCUGGGGCUGGACCUGGCGGUGGUGAUCCCGGUGGUGACGCUCGGCGAGCUGCUGCAGCCGACCAUGAACACCAGCACCAGGCACAUACUCAAGUACCUCACCGGCGAGGCCAAGGCCUACGUCAACGAGUCGCAGGCCUACGUGCAUGUCAAGGACGCCGCCGAGGCGCACGUCAGGGUGCUCGAGGCGCCCAAUGCCGGCGGACGGCGCUACGUCUGCGCCGAGAGGACGCUGCACCGCGGCGAGCUCUGCCGGAUCCUCGCCGGGCUCUUCCCGGACCACCCGAUUCCCACAAGAUGCAAGGACGAGGUAAAUCCGCCAAAGAAGGGUUACAAGUACACCAACCAGCCUCUCAAGGACCUUGGCAUGAAGUUCACCCCUGUGCAAGAAUACCUCUGUGAAGCGGUGAAAUCCCUGCAAGAGAAGGGAUUCAUUCAGAAGGCUUCUGGCACCAAGGUGCCUGCUAGUAGAGGGGGUUCGCGGCCUCAGAAUUCAGCGGCGCCCGUGUUUAUGUCGAAACUUUGA